AUGGCAACUGAAGAAGAAAUCAAACCCUUGCGUAAAGAUAGAGGUAACAUCAAACGAGCUUUAACAUCUUCGGAAACUAUUCUCUCGGAAAUUAAUUCAGAUACCGAUCUUCAAACUUUAAAUUUACAUGUUCGUUUGCAAAAUCAUUUAACAUUGUGGGAUCGAUUUGAAAUCACACAAACUAAAAUUGAUAAUUUGACCGACGAGGUAGAAAUGGAAUCACAGUUCAGCGAAAGAACAGAUUUUGAACAUAUAUUCCAUCGAAUAAGCGCGUUGUAUCAAAAACAUAUUCAAAAGUUAAACGUUUCAGAAAUUAGUCCGACACAAUCAAUUCACUCAGACACUAGUUUCACAAAUAAUGGUAGCAAUCCAUCCAAUCAAAUAGUGGUUGACAAAACUACUCAUUUAGGACUGUCUCGAGAAACCGAAACUCAAAAUUUAGCACAUUCGCGUAUGAAUCAAAGCCAAUUUCAAGCACAUGCACGCUUCGAACUUCCCAAGAUUAAAACUCCUACCUUUGAAGGUUGUUUUGACACCUGGUUAACCUUCCACGAUUCCUUCAAAUCCAUGUGUCACAACAAUCAAUCUAUCUCUCCUAUCCAAAAAUUUCACUAUCUGAAAGCAUGUUUGACCGGGGAAGCUGCCGAAGUAAUUUCUUCGCUCGAAACCACUGAGAGUAAUUACGAUGUAGCGUGGAAUCUUUUAAAAGAAAGAUUCGACAAUCGGAAAUUUAUUGCUGAAAGUCAUGUGCAUGCUUUAUUUGAACUUUCAACAGUAUCGAAAGAAGUUUCGGUUAGAUCCUUAUUGGAUAAUUUUCAAAAACGCUAUCGGGCACUUCGGGCUCUCGAUCAACCUGUCGAACAAUGGGACACUCUCCUCAUUUAUAUCUUACGCAUGAAACUUAACAACUACAAUCGCGAAAAAUGGGAAGAAUCAGUUGGUAGCACUCAACUUCCCUCACUUAAAAAAAUGACUGAUUUUUUAGAACAGCGUGCUUUAAUUGAAGGGACUCAAACAAUGUCCAAAUUACAUGUUUCUAAAAAUCAGGUCAAAAAUUCAGUAAAGGGUUCAACCUGUCUCACCACCACGGUUCAGAAUGAAAAACCAAAAUUCAAAUUUUCAUGCCCAAUUUGUCAGAAACCUCAUAUGCUUUACACUUGUCAGCAAUUUCAAAAUCUAUCUCUCAAGGAAAGAUAUGACGUAGUGAAGAAGGCUUCAAUUUGUUUUAAUUGUUUUUUCUCGAACCACAAGACUAAUGAUUGUCGAAAGGAAGGUUGCCAUAAGUGGUAUCAAAAACAUCACACUAUGUUGCAAUUUGAAAAGGAAAAGGUUGAGGAAAGUAAAGACAUUCCAUCAACUACAACGUCUCUUGUCAAAUUUGAAGACAAAGGCCCUUCCCAGGUACUUUUAGGAACAGUUGUUAUAGAUAUUCUAGAUGGUAAAGGUAAAUAUCAGCCUUGUCGUGCUCUUCUAGAUUCUUGCUCACAGUGUAAUGCUAUCACAGCUAAAUUUGCUGAAAGGUUAUGUCUUUCUCAAAACUCGAUUGAUAUCAAAUUGCGAGGAGUAGAAAAUCUUCAAUCAAAAAUUUCUCGCUCGGUGUCUAGCCAAAUCAAGUCUCGCUAUCAUAAUUCCAAUCUAUAUAUGAAGUUUCUAAUCUUCCAGGAAAUUUCUGAAGCAAUGCCUUGUGUUCCUCUUGAUAGAAGGUCAAUAAACGUUCCUGAAGGUAUCUUUUUAGCAGAUCCUUCUUUCCACGAUUCAAGAGAAAUAGAUAUUUUGAUUGGUGCAGAGUAUUUUUAUCAAUUAUUGCACACUGGACAAAUUAGGGUGAACAAUCAAACAGCCGUGUUUCAAGAAACCGACCUGGGGUGGAUUUUGUCAGGACGAGUCACGCAUUCUCAAAAACAAUUUAAUGCAAAGUCUAAACCUCAAAACAAAAUAAUUUGUAAUGUUAUUAAUCUCGAAGAACUCCCAAUUUUAUGGGAAAUCGGGGAAGAUAAAAAACAAAAAAUUCUAUCAGAGGAAAAAGUAUCUGCAGAGAACCACUAUUCAGAAACAAUAAAACGCUUAGAAUCAGGUAGUUAUAAAACAGAACUUCCUUUUAAUGAAAAAAAGAAUCUUUUUGGGAAAUCGAGCGAGUUAGCAUUUCAAAGAUUUUAUUCACUUGAGAAAAAGUUUCUUAAAAAUCCUGUCUUAAAAGAGCAAUAUUCUGAUUGCAUUCAAGGUUAUCUGGAUGAGGGACACAUGUCUCUUCUAAAAACUGAAGAUACACAAAAACCAGGUUAUUUUCUUCCGCAUCAUGCUGUCUUUAAAGAGGAUAGUAUCACAACGAAAACUCGCGUUGUGUUUAAUGGCUCAGCCAAAUCGUCUACGGGAAUUUCCCUUAAUGACACAUUUUUUAUAGGGCCAACAAUUCAAAAUAAUUUGUUUUCAAUCGUUCUUCGAUUUCGAUCCUUUCCAUAUGCUCUUACUGCUGAUAUUCAACAGAUGUAUAGGCAGAUAGAAAUUGCGGAAAAGGAUAGAGUUUUUCAAAAAAUUUUGUGGCGAUUUUCCCCAGAAGAACCUAUUCAAAUUUAUACUCUUAAUACAGUUACAUUCGGUACUUCUUGCGCUCCUUUUCUGGCAAUUCGAACGCUUCAUCAACUUGCCGACGAUGAAGAGAAUAAUUUUCCACUCGCAUCGAUGAUUUUAAAAAGAGAUUUCAAUGUUGACGAUGUAUUAACUGGAUCUCAAACCUUCCAAGGUGCGUUACAGCUUAGAAAUGAUUUAAUUGAAUUGUUAAGAAGGGGAGGUUUUGUUCUUCGAAAAUGGGCUUCAAAUCAUGCCGCAUUAUGCACUGAUUUUUUAAACAAUCAAUCUGACAAUUACAUGUCUUUGGAUCUUUUCGAUACAAUUAAAACAUUGGGAUUGUAUUGGGAUCCAAAAUCGGAUACAAUUAUGUACACCGCCAAUCAAGACGAAUCAACUGAAAUUUUGACAAAAAGAUUGUCAAUUCAAAAUAGAUAUUUUUGGUCCUAUUCAAGUAUUGUUUUAAAUUGGGUGAACACUCCUCCUCACAAAUUAAAAACUUUUGUAGCUAAUCGGGUUUCAGAAAUCCAAGCAUUAACCCAUUUUAGUGAAUGGAAACACGUUCCCACUAAAGAAAAUCUCGCGGACUUUAUUUCACGCGGACAAAAUUCGGAAAACUUUCUAGAAAAUCUCAUGUGGAUAUCAGGUUCUCAAUGGCUAUGUCAAAAAGAGAAUACAUGGCCACAAUUAGAGAUUCAAACACUAGAGGUUCCCGAUCGCGUAAUAGCUUAUUGCCAGCGAUUUAUUUCUUCCUGUAAAAUAAAAAAUGCAGGAAAUCGAGAAACGGGCAGUCUCACUACCUGUGAACUCGAAAAGGCCACAAUCACUAUUAUUAAAUUGGUGCAAUCAGAAUCAUUUUCGGAAGAAAGGAAAGCCUUAAUGAAAAAUCAAGAAGUUCCAAAAAGAGUCCCCUCUUGCCUCUUCAUCCAUUUUUAA